CCCUUCACCUUGGCUGAAGGUUUGAAGUCGGUGCGGAGGAGUUCAAUAAAAGAGGGGAUCCUAUCAGACAAAACCCUAAUAAUUCUCAAUGGCUUCCUUCCUCCAGAAACUGCUCCGGAAGCAUUCCGGUGCUAUCAUCCCCACUUUGAACAAGCCACCAGCCCAAAUAGUCGUUCCCCCGUUCUUGAAUCAUCGCCAGCCCCAUCUCGCCGGAACCGAACAAAGCUAUCUCCCCGUUGGCUUCCGUCCAUCCAAAUCGGAGGAUUCGAUUUCCACUCAGUCGAUCCCCAUCUUUCCAAGCUUCCCAUUCGGCUUGUCUUUGAACCCUAUUCCUUCGACUGAGUUCGUGCCGUCCGGCGAAGGCGACGCCGUUUCCAGCGAUUCGCGGACGAUCUGGGCCGAUAGCGUCAAGAAGAAGAGGAAGAAGAAGAUGAACAAGCACAAGUACAAGAAACUGAGGAAGCGUCUUAGAGGACAUUCUUAGCUUCGUCUGGUGAGGAAUUGGUGUUCUGGGAUUGGGAAAUUUGUUAUUCUUUUUGUUUUUUUUUUUGGGGGGGGGGGGGGGGGAAGGUAUGAGGAUGAACGUUUUUAGUUUUACUUCGUUGUGGCCAAAUAAUUUUUUAAAUUUGCCAAUCUACCAUCGACUCCAAUCAUCGGGUAUGAAUUAUGAUUUAGUUUAUAACUCUGAAUAGAAGGGUAAAGUUUAUAGUUGUUUUGUUUUA